UAUGUCCGGAAUAUAUGUACGGAACUAUCAAAUUGCUUUUCCUGCCGCGUCUUUAACGGCUUUAAACUUCGUCAGUUUUAAUGAGAAGAGAACAAAACAACCGGAGCAGAAACUAUGCAUCAUAUUUCUGAGACGAAAGAUCCCCCUCUGCCCCUAUCCUGUCUGCGCCUCCUGGUACCACCGCUUCGACUAGUCUGCGCAGCGAUCUGGGAAACAGUCCAACACAAAGUUGUGGCCAAUUACGGACUGCUGGAUGAGUUUGUGACAGCAGUCACCGGCAUUGUCCCAGAGCUUCUUAAUCGCAGACAGAGGUGCUUGCUGAGCCUUGGCCUUCGGGUUCAGCUCACAUUGGAGUUGUGCCGCCCAGAGCACGCGAUAGACCUUAAGACCAUUCAGCCACACCUCGAUAUAGUCACUUUACUAUGGAACGCAGAGAUGAGUGAUUCAGGGGAUGGGUCCUCUGCAUCAGACCUCCUUGGUCUUAUUCACACCCUGAUUAAAGAUCAGGAGGAGAGGCAGCACUUCUUCCAGGAUGUUUUCCCAGCGAGGUUUGGUGACAAGUAUUCUGAAGAUAUACAAAUGCUCGUGCAGAUAUUCCUCUCGCAGCUUGACAAGUUACUCACUGCUCCCAGUCUUAAACAGGUUGCCUGUAUGCUCAGUGACGUGCCAUCACUUCUGUCCGAAUGUGUGAAAUGUUUCUGUCAAUCUCAGGAAUUUAAAUCUCUUUUGGAAUAUCAAAAAGAGCACAAUCAACUGAACGAAAAUGAUAAUCCAGCAGUUGGCACCAGCAUUUGUUCAGCUCUCUUUCUGCCACCAUUGACAACAGUCUUGAUAGAACAAGAAGAAACACCACUGGAAGCAAAUGUGUUAACUGAUUACAUGGACGCAUUCAACAAAGAACUGACAGUGGAGACUGUUACAAUGGAGAAAAACGCAGAUGAUGUUAAAUCAGAGAGUGACAACCCAAAAAGUAGAGAAAUACAUACCAGAGGUUUCAAGAAUCAGUCCUCCGUGAACAGUGAAGAAGGAACAGAGGAUGAGAUCUUAUGCUCCAUGCAACAUGUUGAGUCUUUAGAUGGGGAUAAGAUGAGUGUAGACUCUUGUGCUGUUGAGGUCCAAGUACAUUACAAUGUUGAAAUUCCUGCUGAGGACACUGUUAUCACAGUGAAUAAGCCCUCCGUCGAAGAGGACGAGCAAGUUCAGGCAUUGGUUAGUACCACAGAUGACAAAGUCAUAAGCUCUAGUGAGACUGAAAACUGUACAAAAAAACAAAGCGAGGUCAGUACCGGCACAAUAAUUGAUGAACAAGUAAAAAAUAUCAAUGUAUCUAAAGUAGUGCCGUCUCCUGUACUGCAUGCACCUGUUGUGAUCACAUCCCAGAGAGCAGUCAGACAAAACAGAGGUCUGAAGAUGAAAAACCUUUCAAUAACCUCUAAAAAUGAGCAGUCAAAGAGGGGUCCUCGAGUUCUGUCAACCAGCAAGACUUGCCCCACGUGUGGUAAGACAUACAGUCGUGCAUCAGAUAUGAGAAGGCAUCAGAGGACCCACACAGGGGAGCGGCCUUUCCAGUGUUCACAGUGUCAGAAAUGUUUUCAGUUCCAUUAUGACCUGAAGAGACAUGAGUUAAAUGUGUGUCGAAUCAGUGUGCCACAAUCUCAGAACUGCUCCCUAGAGGACAAAAACACUGAAGACCCAAAGCAGGGGGAGGGUCAUGACCAACUCCCAAUUAUACCUUCAGACGUUAGGACUCAUGAAAAAGAAUGCCUGGUAAAUCAGAAACAAGUGGAUGUACCUUCUGGAGAGCUAGUACCUCUUCCCAACGAGCAAGAUGUCCAACCAUUCAGCAGCAAAGUAGAGUUAGGAGACAUAAAGGAGCAGAGCCAGGAACCAUAUCGGGGUAAUCAGAGGGGCAAGAAAUCGAAGGGUAUGAAGCCAAAAAAGACAUUUAAACACAACCCUGCUGAUACUUCACUGUACUGUGUGGAAUGCAACAGGUCCUUCCCAGACAAGGCAAGACUUAAAACACACAAUCUGAGACACAAGCCUCGUCCGUGCACCAAGUGUGGUGAGAGUUUCAAAGGUUCCAUAGACCUCAACCAACACUAUGUUGAAGUACAUGAUUUCACAGGACCUUUCCCCUGCACUUUGUGUGAACGAACUUACACAGAUCUGAGAGGCCUGAUCAGACACGAGAGGUUCCACACAGGUGAGCUCCCUUUCAAAUGUCCCAAGUGUCCAAAAGCGUUCAGUUAUGCAUCUGCUCUGACACUACAUGACCGAACUCACACCAAAGAAGCUCCCUUCCUCUGCUGGGAUUGCGGGAAAGGUUGCAAGUCCAACGCUGCCCUGAGAAUCCACAGACUGUGUUGUCACAGCAGCGCCAAAGAGAAGCACUUAUGCUGCGAACAUUGCGGAAAAGCUUACGCACUCAAAAGAAGCUUGGACCUUCACGUGGCAAAACUUCACACGGGUGUGCGCUACCCAUGCUCCCACUGCGGCAAACUGUUCCGAAGUGCAAGCUCGUUGACGAGACAUGAUCUGACCCACACAGAGGAAAGACCUUACUCGUGCAACCAGUGCAGCAAGAGUUUCAGAUCAGCGUCGGAGCUGAAGGUACACACCCGAUAUCACACCGGGGAGAGGCCAUUCAGGUGUCAAGAAUGUGGCAAGGGAUUUGUGCAGUCUUAUUACCUUACUGCACACAUGAGGAUGCAUACGGGGGAAAAGCCGUAUAAAUGUCCGACAUGUGAUAAACAUUUUAAAACCACAGGUAUUUUGAAAAGACACCAAAUGACCCAUACAGGAGAGAAACCCCAUAAAUGUUCAGUCUGUGAAAUGGCCUUUAGCCGGAUGGAGCUUGUGAAAGCUCACAUAAGAAAAUUUCAUUAAAUUUGGACAAAUUAUACAUAAAACUGUGUUCUUUGAUUGGUAACCCUUUUUUUACAGGAUCAAUAAAAUAUCUUUGCCUUUCA